AUGAAGUGGCUUGGGGUCCUAGGGCUGGUAGCCCUCUCGGAAUGCUUGGUCAGAAUCCCCCUGGUGAAGAUCAAAUCCAUUCGAGAAACCCUCCGGGAAAAGAACAUGCUGAGAGAUUACCUUGAGAAGUAUCCUUACAACCCCGACAGGUUUCUUAAUGCAUAUUAUCAGCCCCCGCAAGUGAAUCGUGAGCCUCUGAGGAACCACCUAGAUAUGGCCUAUGUUGGCGUCAUCACCAUUGGAACACCCCCUCAGGAGUUCAAGGUCGUCUUUGACACAGGCUCUGCUGACUUGUGGGUGCCCUCCAUCUAUUGCAACUCCAUCGCCUGCAGUGGCCGCAAUAUCUUCAAGCCGCAGCUAUCCUCCACGUUCGUGGACUCGAAAUGGCGCAUGAAACUUCGCUAUGGCUUUGGGCAGAUGUCCGGACGUGUUGGCUACGACACCAUUCGGAUCGCGGACCUUGAGGCCAAAAACCAGGGGUUUGGCCUGACCCGCAAGCUGAGUGGCGAUUUAAUGGAAUUUUCAGUCUUUGAUGGCAUCUUGGGCCUGGGGUUCCCUAGCCUUGCCACCAAAGAAACCAUGCCUGUCUUCGACAACAUGUGGGAACAAGGCCUCCUUGCUGAGAAAGUCUUUGCCUUCUACUUGAGCAGCAGGAAAGAGACAGGCAGCGUGCUGAUGCUUGGUGGGGUGGACCCCACCUACUACAGUGGGAAGCUUCACUGGGUGCCAGUGUCCCAACCCUCCUACUGGCAGGUAGACAUGGACAGAAUCACCAUGAAUGGGACAGUUAUUGCCUGUAGUAACGGCUGCCAGGCCAUUUUUGAUACCGGGAACUCCAUGAUGACCGGCCCGAGCAACUCGGUCGCCUACAUCCAGCACAUGAUCAGAGCCACGGCUACCUUCGGAGACGAGUACCUUGUCCACUGUGACACCAUCAACACCCUGUCUGACAUCGUCUUCGUCAUCAGCGGCUUCGACUUCCCGGUGCCAGCCAGUGCCUACACCCAGGAGGAACAUUCGGGCCUCUGCUACAGCAACUUCGAGAGUUACCACAGCGACUCUCCGCUGGCAAACACCUGGAUCCUGGGAGACGCCUUCCUGCGGGUGUAUUUCAGCGUUUUCGAUCGAGCCAACAACAUGAUUGGCCUGGCUCCUGCGGCAUCUUCUCUGUAA